AAAAACUUUAAAUAUUGCACGUGCGGAGGUGACUCUGUAAACAGUAAAAAUGCAACUAGUAAAGAAUAAAUUUGACACAAAAAAAGUUGAAAAUAUACUACUUCGUGAAAGUAAAUUUAUAUCGAAUUUGUUGUCCAUUACUUCUUUUCCGGAACGAAAAGAUGAAAGUGACGAUGAAAGCGAAAAUGAAAAUGAACCGAAGCAAGCCACAUUUAAAGGUGACAAAUCAAGAGCUGGGUCAUUGGUGGAAUUACAGCAAAGAUUAGAAGCAAUAACCAGCAAGAAAAAACUGACCUUCAAAGAGAAAAUGACAAGGAAAGGCUUGAAAAAUCGAAUGAAAAAGAAAACAAAACAAGAUGAAAGGAAUGCUCAACUAAAAUUACUAAGGGCACAAAAAUCUAUAAAAAAAGAAAAUGAUGUGAAAAAUGAAGAGGUUCAUAAUCAGGAGAAUGCAGAGAAUUCAAAACCUGUGUUUAAUAAGGAGGAUAAAAUAGUAUUCUCUAAGUUCGACUUUUCAGAUAUUGGCACAAAGAAGGUCAAAAAACAAGAGAAAGAUCCCAAGAAGUUGUUGGAAAAAUUAGAAAAACAAAAAGAGAAAAUUGAAAAAUUGAAAGAGAGUGGUGAUAUAGAAAAAGCUGUGGAGAUUAAAGAAAAAACAGCAUGGAAAAAUGCUUUGGCAAAAGCUGAAGGCAUAAAAGUAAAAGAUGAUCCCACAUUAUUAAAGAAAACAUUGAAAAAGCAGGAGCAAAAGCAGAGGUCAAGCAAAAAGAAAUGGGAAUCCAGAAUAGCUAAAGUUGAAAAGGCUAAAGAAGAAAAACAGAAAAAGAGAACAGAGAAUAUUCAAAAGAGGAAGAAAGAUAAAAAGAUGAACAAGUUAAAGAAAGCUGCAAAGAAAGGAAAGAUUAUUCCUGGGUUUUAAAUAAAUAUUUCUGUUUUAUAUUUAAUAAUUUACUACAAAUAAUUUGUAAUAGUAUUAAGUUUUAACAAUAAAUAUUUUGUACAUA